UGUUUCUGCUUAUACACCCAGAAGAACCCUACCUUCCAUCGUUAUCGCUUUCUCAACUCUUUCUCGCCGGAGGUUUGUGCUUCUUGUUACUGCUUUCUCCAUUCUUCAUAAACGAAUCGCUAAUCCAAAGGGAAGCUAAGAGAGAGAGAUAGAGAAACAAAGAUGUCAGAGGAAGAUGAAUCAAUGUCGGAGUUUGAAGAACAAGAGCAAGAACAGAGUGGUGGAGGAGGACUUGAUUACAUUAUGAGCUUGGAGAGUGUUCCAUCUAAGCUUCCUCCACACCUCGAACUUCUCAGGACACGUGUUCUUUGCAACAGUGAUGCUCCUCAGCAUACAGAUACGAUACAAUAUUCUGGUGCAUAUGCAGCUUUGGGAGUUGAUAAUAGUCUGCAGUUGGAUAAUUUCAGUCAGAACUUCAAGGUCGAAGUGAAGGAGUUGAAGGAUGAUUUCCUUGAGUUUGAUAUGAUUGGUAUUGAUCCAGCAAUUGCUAAUGCAUUUCGGAGAAUCCUUAUAGCAGAGGUUCCAACAAUGGCUAUUGAAAGAGUAUAUAUUGCCAAUAAUACAUCAGUUAUACAAGAUGAAGUUCUUGCCCAUAGAUUGGGUCUCAUUCCAAUCCGUGCUGAUCCCAGGCUAUUUGAAUAUCCAGAAAAUGCAGGGGGUGACAAGAAUGAAAAGAACACCAUUGUCUUCAAGCUACAUGUUCGUUGUCAAAGGGGUCAUCCUCGAAUUACUGUGAAAUCAGAUAAACUAAAGUGGUUGCCUAAUGGGAGUGAGCUUCUCUGUGAAGAUGCGAAACCAAAUGCAGGUUCAAAACCAAAAACAUUUACAUCUUUUACUUGCAGCCAAGACUCACUUCCUGAAUUUUCCAGCGAUCCACUUCGUCCUACAGAUCUUGAUAUUAUAUUAGCUAAACUUGGACCUGGUCAGGAAAUUGAACUUGAAGCGCAUGCAGUUAAAGGCAUUGGUAAGACACAUGCAAAGUGGUCCCCAGUUGCCACUGCUUGGUAUCGAAUGCUUCCAGAGGUUAUACUCUUGGAAGAUGUUGAAGAUGAGCUGGCUGAGGAAUUAACAAAAAAAUGUCCAGUUAAAGUGUUUGAUAUUGAAGACAUUGGAAAAGGUAGAAGAAGAGCACGGGUAGCCGAACCACGGAAGUGCACUUUGUGUAGGGAAUGUAUCAGAGGGGGCAAAGAAUGGGAAGAUCGGGUAUCGUUACGCCGAGUUAAAGAUCACUUCAUAUUUACUAUUGAAUCAACUGGAGCAUUAUCCCCUGAAGUGCUGUUUACGGAAGCUGUGAAGAUUCUGGAAGAUAAAUGUGAACGUGUGAUUACUGAGCUUUCUUGAUUCUUCUUUUUGCUGUCUUAAAAUCAAUGAAAUGAAGAAAAAUGUUGUCCAUGAUCAGUUCUGUUAUUAUUCCAUUUUAUUUUCUGAGGACAAAUUUUUAUCUACAAUAUAGAAGUUCUUUCCUUACUC